AUGUCGUCAUAUUAUGCCUUCUCCGGGACCGCCGAGUCUUCAGGAGUUGUCCCGACGAUGCUUUUUGAACUCCAACUGAACAUUGAAUUCAGAAAGACACUCGAAGGCAAACGUCCAUGCAACGCUGCAAAUACCGACAGGGACUCUACCCCGGCAUCACUUCCACAUCAAUGUCGUGAUGCCAAGUGCGAUAGAUCUGAGCUCACAUUGCCGUCAACGCCCUGCGAUAUCCACCCUCCCACCACAUCCACACCUAACACUUCGUCGUCAUCAUCACCACUAUCAUCGACCCCAUCAACCAACGGCACCCCACCAUGGUCAGACACCUCCUGCAGCCCCAACUCUACCAGCUCCGCACACUCCGCGUCCACGCCUCCAAGAUCAGCAAGUCCCGCACCGCCCCCUCCACCCUUCACGCACACAUGUCCCACUUGUGGCCAGUCCUUUCGCCUCCCAGGACAGCUAAACAAGCACUGGUUCAGCAAGCACAAACGGCGCUUCUCCUGCGCCGUACCAGCGUGCGGCAAGGCAUUUCAUCUCCGCGCCGACCUGACCCGCCACACCAAGAGCAGACACACCGCGUACGCGGGCACGCGGUGCGAGCACGCGGGCUGCGCGGAGACAUUUUCCCGAAGAGACAACAUGAUGCGCCACAUCCGGGAGGAGCACGAACAUGGCGGGAGGAAAAGAGCCGGAUCGAGAGGAAGUUUUAUAUGA